AUGCGGAUGCUGGCAGGCAAGACCGACGAGCACAAGUUCGCGGGGCUGCUCAUGGUCACGAAGCUGGGCGACCUGCCGGCCGAGGAGCUCCAGCAGGUGCGGCGCCAGGUGCUGACGACCGUCGGCGUGAGCUUCUUCCUGCGCCUACUGCACACCAAAGGCCCCGACGAGGUCGAGACGCUCUCGUCCUUCCAGAGUCUCGGGCUGAACUUGAUUGCGAGCUUCUGCUCGGACCCGACCGUGGCCUCGGAGUUCGCGCAGGAUAAGCUCGUGCGGUUCCUCCUCGAGCAACUGGCGGCACACUCGACGCCGCACGAGUCUGCCGUGGACUGUGUUCGUAUUCUAUCUGGCUUGGAACAGACUGAGAAGGGACAGCAGGUGAUGGUGCAUGAAAGCAUUCUCGGACGUCUGUUUAGCGCCAUGAAGAAGCUGAGUCGAUCGCACUCGAGCCGGGAUCUGACUGCAGAGAACAAGUCAGCGGAGCAAGAGCAGCAGACGGAUGCGCUGUUGGAAGAUCUGUGGGGUAUUGUGGGCAGCAUGGCUAGUGAGCCCGAGGUUUGGACGCAUAUCCACAGCUACGACUUCGAGUUCGUCUGCUCCAACUUCUCGCACGUGCGGGGCGAUACGGCCAUCCAGGUGCUAGCCGUUUUGAACAGCUACAUGAGGCUGGUUGAGAUUGGCGAAGCGCCUGUGGAGCUGCUCAGCUCACAGUGCCUCUCUGAUAUCCGCACCGGCGUGCUACGGUUUCUACGUGCGAAGUGGCCUCAUCAGGAGCGUGACGAGUGUUUGCGCCUGAUUUUCCAGCUCAUGCAGCAUUCUGGAACUUCUUGGAUGCUCCCGGGCACAACACUGCGCAGUCAAGCACCUCCUGAUGAAGUGUCCGGUGGCAAAUUUAUUCUGUUCCUCCUGAAGCUUGUCUCGAUUGAGAUCAAAAUCAUGCUGGAUGAAGUUGAGCAUUCGCUGGUCCAAGUUGACCAGACCAAGGUGGAGUCGGUGGAAGAGACGGAGAGGCGUGAAAAGGAGAUCAAGCGAGUGCUCGCUAUCCUGCCCAUUUGCUAUGGCAUCGUGGAAAUGGUCAUCAGUGGCCUGGUUUCCAACUACGAGAGUGAUCUCGUGCUGCCCUACGACAUUCUGCUGGAGAUGAAGGGCACGUUCAACCAGGUAUUCGUGGUGGUGCUGGAACUGCUGACGUUGGUGCGCGAUUACGUGCAAACCCAUCGAUACCGCGAGCUUCGCGAGUCACACGCGGAGUCGGUCUACCACUUGGACGCUGUGAUCUGCGCUAGUGUUCGUAUCGUGAGCGCCUGGAUUGCAGAGGACUCCGACACCAGCGUCGACUUGGUGAUUCAGUUGGUUCCGUUUAUGGUGUGUUACAAGCCGUUGUUGGCCUGGGUCGCCGAUGAUGGAACGCAGAACUUCAAGUCCGACAGCAACCAACUCAUUGAUUCGGACGACGAGAUCGACUCGGACGACGAGGUGGACGCCGUAUCCCAAAUGAUGCAGAAGGCCGCGGUGAUCCACAAGACGGACAGCAGCAUCGACCAGCUCCAUUUCUUGCUCCCGGGGUUGCUUCAGCUCAGCGCGCUUCCUGACGGAGCUUCCAUCAUGUCUGAAAACGUGGACGUCCUGCGCCGUAUGAUGCAGUUUUGCUGCACCAUUUGCGCCGACAUCGCUGAUGGCAACACCGAGUUUGCGAACGUGUCGACCCUGACUCUGUGUCUCGGUAUCUUAAUCAACCUCAUCCUAAUCCGCGGAGGCAAUGAAAGCACGGGCGUCUCCCAGACGUCAGGCGUGCCCAACGCGCUCGAGUGGUUUCGAGCUUUGACAUUCCUGCUGCCCGUCGCAUGCGCAAGCGGCUCCCGAUUAAUGGUGGACAAGGAUCUCACGGUCGAAAGUCGAGGUGAAGACGACCGCUACGUCAUGCUGCUACACGUCGUCUGCGUGGUGCUCUUUAUUGCGAGUCGUUUCCAAGACAAGAAGCAGCAUCCGUGUCGCCUACAAACUGCUAUCGCGAGCCUUGUUCCGCCGUUUAACCACAUCGUCGACUGGAUCGUGGAGCACCCUCCCGACGCCAAGGCCGAGUCAACCGCCGACCUGUUCGAGUUGAUGCGAGUGCUUUCGAUGCGCUCGAUUCUGACGCCGGAGCUGCUGUCACGGUGA